AUGAACUCUAAAGGAAAUAAAAGAAAUUGGAAAGUAUUGUUGGGCUUCUUAAGUAACAGACAUGUUACAAUUUCUAUUAUUAGUUCAAUUACCGAAUCAGCAGAAGGAAUAGAUGAUAAAAUAGUUUAUAUGGAAGAUUUAAAAAAAAGGAAAACAAGCAUAUGGAAUAUGUGGUGA